AUGUUACCUCCAGUGCCAUCACCUGCUGAUUAUGGGAUCACUCCCGAUUAUGGGUUCCUUCCCCAAGAGCCUCCACUGGCGGUUCUCCCGGAUCCAUACUAUGCUAAGUGGGAGGCCAUCGUGGGGAACUUGCAAGCCCUCAUCCUGAGCAAACGGGUCCGGUCCCUGGUGGAGCGUCUCCCCCUACUAUCUACUGAGUACCUCCAGACAGAUGCUGAGUGGCGUCGCGCCUACGUGGUACUUGUGUUUAUGCUGCAUGGCUUUGUCUGGGGAGGUGAUCGUCCCGCUGAGAGGAUUCCCCCUCAGCUUACAGUGCCAUUGUUUAAAGUCUGUGAACGGCUCGAAGUGCCCCCAGUUGCCACUUAUGCCGGGGUUUGCCUCUGGAACUACAAGCCGAUAUUUCCCGACGAGCCGGCCACCCACUUGGAUAACCUGGCUUGCCUGCAAACAUUCACUGGGUCACUGGAUGAACAAUGGUUCUACCUCGUCUCUGUUGCUAUGGAGGCACGUGGAGGUCCCUCCAUCCCGUUGAUGCUCCAAGCUAUCACAGCUGCGCGUGCAGGAAAGAGCCAGGUCGUGACCGAAUGCCUGCAGCAACUGGCUGAAACCAUUGAUGAAACCGCUGAAUUAUUACAACGGAUGUACGACAACUGUGACCCAUACGUCUUCUACAACCGCAUUCGCCCAUAUCUAGCCGGAAGCAAAAAUAUGAGUGACGCCGGCUUGCCCAAUGGUCUGUUAUAUGAUGACGGCCACAACCCAGAAUACCGACAAUACGGCGGAGGCAGCAAUGCCCAAAGCUCGCUGAUCCAAUUCUUCGAUAUCGUCCUCGGCGUGGAACACCGACCAACCGGUACAAGCCGCGACAGCGACGACAGCGGCAAGACCCGUAACAGCUUUAUCCACGAGAUGCGCACCUACAUGCCCGGCCCACACCGACGAUUCCUCGAACAAGUCGACUCAGUAGCCAAUAUCCGCGCCUUUGUUGAAGCCCGCCGCGGAGACUCAGCCCUCUGCAUUGCCUACGACGCAUGCCUAGCCAUGCUGCGUGUCCUCCGCGACAAGCACAUCACCAUGGUGUCCCGCUACAUCAUUAUCCAAUCCCGUAGUGCGCGUCAACCCUCGCAGUCCAGCAGUCGACCGGCAGCAACCAACCUCGCCACCGCCACACCGACCGAUAAGAAGAAGUUGCGCGGGACAGGUGGGACUGCCCUCAUUCCAUUCUUAAAACAAGCACGAGAUGAAACUGGCGAGCCUGCUAUUGAUGCAUGGGCUCGACGACUGCUUAGUGACGGCCCUGUUGAGAAGACCUUUGCUUCACUAAGUAAAGUUGGCGAGCAGCCAGACGGGCAUCUUGAAGUUGUUGGUCUAUGCGGGACAUGGACUGCCGACGAUAGCGAGGGUGGCAUUUGUCACUGGUAA